CAAGUUGGAAUAAAUAUCAAGCAUAAAUAAAUAUUGCUCCAAUCACAUAAAAUUGAUGUGCAUACCAUUUUGACAAACCCCAACUUAUCCUCUCACAUCAUAUCACAUACUAUAUCAUGAAACAAGCAAGUGUGCUUCUCAAUCAACAAUAGCCUCAUCUCUCUCUCUCUCUCUCCCCUCUCUCUUUCUCUUUAGGGUGUGGAUGCAUGCAAAGAAUUAAGCAUAGUGAGAAAAAAAUGGGGAGGAAAUGCUCACAUUGUGGGAACAUAGGGCACAAUUCAAGAACUUGCAACUCAUCAAAAGGCCACACCAAUAUUGGUGGUGUGGUGAGGCUUUUUGGGGUUCAACUCGAAAUCUCCUCGAAUUCACCUUCCUCUUCUUCUUCUUCGUCCUCAAUCCCAACCGCCAUCAAGAAGAGCUUCAGCUUGGAGUGCUUGUCGUCUUCGUCUCCAACCUCUUCCUCCUCCUCGCGACUUGGCCCGGUCAAUAAGGCCUCCCUCGGCUACCUCUCCGAUGGCUCUCCACCGGAGAGGAAGAAAGGAGUUCCUUGGAGUGAAGAGGAGCAUCGCUCAUUCCUAAUGGGGCUUGAGAAGCUAGGCAAAGGCGAUUGGAGGGGAAUUUCUAGAAAUUUCGUUACGACCCGAACUCCGACACAAGUUGCUAGUCACGCUCAGAAAUAUUUUCUCCGGCAAGCUUCCCUCAAUAAGAAGAAACGACGCUCCAGUCUCUUCGACAUGGUGGAUGAUUCAAAAGGGGAUUUGGCGCGCCCUAAACACGAUUUCGAGUUUGACCUAGACCUCAAUUCACUCGGUGAGGAGGGUCGUGAUCGGGAUGAUUUCCCAAUGACGAAUGCGAGUUGGCCGUGCGACUCGCCUGAGUUGGAACUCACGCUUUCCGCUCCCAAAAGUGGGUUGCGGAAAGCCCACGAUUCUUCGUCUUCGCCUUCGCCGUCUUCUUCUUCCUCGGUCCUAAUUAGUGUUACUUAAUUGAUGAUCGUUGCUAUUUAAUUGUAAUAUUGGGAGUUUUAUAUGAAUCAAUUUUAAUCUUAAUUAUAUAUUUUGAAAUUGAA